AUGCCGGCGUCGGAGAUGGAAGCGCCUGCCGCGUCCGCGCACGCGCCGGCGGCGGCCGCUGAUCAGCAGGAGGAAACGUCGGCGGCGGCGCCCGCGGCGCCAGCAGGGCCAGGGAGCGAGGAGGCGCAGCCGGCCGCCGCGGCGGUGCCGGCGCUGUACGUGGGCGAUCUGCACGAGGACGUGGCGGAGGAGCACCUGUUCGACGCCUUCAGCAAAAUCGGCACCGUCACGUCCGUGCGCGUCUGCCGCGACAACGCCACCAGCAGAUCGCUUAGAUACGGAUACGUGAACUACUUCUCCCGGGCUGACGCUGUGACAGCUCUUGAAAAACUAAAUCAUAGCUUAAUUUUGGAUAAGCCAAUAAGGGUGAUGUGGUCGAACCGGGAUCCAGAUGCUAGGAGAAGUGGUGUCGGUAACAUUUUUGUUAAGAAUCUUAGUGAUUCUGUUGACAAUGCCAGCCUUCAAGAAUUGUUCUCCAAGUUUGGAGAUGUUUUAUCAUGUAAAGUUGCUAAAAAUGAGGAUGGGACUAGCAGAGGUUAUGGGUUCGUUCAAUUUGCAUCACAAGAACCAGCAGAUGAAGCAAUUGAGAACCUCCAUGGCUCCCUUUUCAAUGAUAGGAAAUUGCACGUUGCUACUUUUGUUAAGAAAAGUGAACGGUCUGCAAAUAAUGAUGACAAGUACACUAACCUAUACAUGAAGCAUCUGGAUGAUGACAUAACAGAGGAACUUGUUAAAUUGAAGUUCUCUCAGUUUGGUCCAAUAGUUAGUUUGAAGAUUAUGAGGAGGCCUGAUGGGUCAUCUAUGGGUUUUGGAUUUGUUAGUUUCCAAAACCCUGAAAGUGCCAUUAAAGCACAAGAGACCAUGCAUGGGAUGCUAAUUGGAUCAAAAGCUUUAUACGUGGCGAGAGCUCAAAAGAAGGAGGAAAGGAAACAAUAUUUGCAGCGUUUACAUGAGGAGAAAAGAAAAGAAAUAAUAAAUAAGAGCAAUGAAUCAAAUGUGUAUAUCAAAAAUAUCCAUGACGAAGUCGAUGAUGACACUCUUCGUGCACGGUUUGGUGAAUUUGGUAACAUAACAUCAGCGAAGGUUAUGCGUGAUGAUAAGGGCAUUAGUAGAGGCUUCGGUUUUGUAUGUUUCAGUACCCCUGAGGAGGCAAAGAGUGCUGUAAGCAGCAUGCGUGGUGUUAUGUUUUAUGGAAAACCAUUGUACGUUGCUAUUUUUCAAAGGAAAGAGGAGAGGCGAGCCAAACUGCAGCAACAUUUUGCUCAUAUUGCCAGAAUGGUUGGACCUGCAAACUCUAUGAUUCCCACAGGAUAUCCACACGUAUACUUUGCACAUCCAAGUACACAUCUUCCUCAAGGUCCUCCAAGACAUGGAUUUGUGUAUCCACCCAUGGGGCUCAGUCACGAAUGGAGGCCGAACAUGUUUCCUUCACCACCUAAUAUCCAACAAAUACAUUCACCCAUGAGAUUCAGCCAUCCAAAGUACUUCUCAAAUGAUGUUAUGGCCAACGGUUUAACCAUUCACCAUGGUGACCCUGUUUCUUCGGUGAAUGAUUCGUUCAGCAGCUAUCUGGCUUCUGCUCCACCGGAGGAACAGAAGAAGUUGCUUGGGAACAGGCUCUAUCCGCUCGUUGAGAGACACCAACCUGAACUCGUGAGCAAAAUCACUGGUAUGCUGCUGGAGCUGGACAACUCUGAGGUAGUCGCUCUGCUUUGCUCGUCGGAGAUGCUGUCAGCCAAGGUCGACGAGUGCGUUCAGCUGCUUCAUGCAACAAAAACCAAGACCGAGGAUCAGGACGCGCUACACCUGGGCUUGAUGGAGUCUGCUGGUGUAAACGCCAAUUGAAGCUUGGCUGCUUGCUUUUGUGUGAUAGGGAUGGUAACUAGGUGGUAGCUGCUGCGUUUUCGCGUCUAGUUUGCGGAGUUUUACCGGUUGGAUUUGCUGAGGUGCUGCUUGCUAUAGAACUUAGCAAUAAUAAAAACUAGAUUCAGCUAGCUAGAACUG